AUGUGUCGUGUUGAACCCGUCCCUGUCUCGCUUGUUGCCUACCGCAGGAAAGCUGCCGUAGCCGUAAGGCAGGGAGCCAGCCCACCGAGUCCAAAUCCAGACGCGCCGCGAUGCGCCGGAUCUCAAGCCCGCCCUGUCGCCCUGCAGGGCAUCCGAUGCCUUGUCGAGCCUUGCUCGUGUAAUGCUGGAACAGCCAGUCGUGUCAGCGCGCCAAUGGAUCAGGGCCCACGGCGAUCUGAAUUUCCAUUCCCAAGACCUGGCUGCACCGCCCCCCUUCUCGACCAAGAUGCCCGUCGAACGCCGCAGAAAGCGAUAGGAGAGCCCACAGCCGUGCCGCUGUUGGACGUCAGCCGGUUCCCCAUCCACCGCAGACACCGCACGCCGGGCCAUUUUGCGAUCGUCAUUCAUGCGUCCCGUCGACUCGUCUGGACCCUGGGUGCGUCAACGCCGGGGGUGAAGGGGGCCUUUUCCCGCAAUCGUACGCCCUGCGUCGACUGA